GACGGCUUUCAUUUUGAUGAGUGUUUAGUUUGUCCCCACACCGCAUCAUUCAUCUUGUUAAUAACCUGCAGUGGACCUGGUUUCUGCAGGUUGUUUCUGCUGCUAUCUGUUCUCAGUCAGUCUCGUUUUCCAGAAUAAACUUGCUAUCUUUCCUACUGCAUGGCAGCAAGGCUUUUAACUUUGACAUGACUCCACAUGCAAAAACAGCACGACUAAUGCUGCUGUAGGCUUUCUGUAGCCUCACACUUUGUUCUUCUUUAAAAUUUAAAAGUUUUACAAUAUUUGUAUAAAUGUAAUAACGGUGAAAGUACGAUUCUUUUGGAAUUAAGGCGGAAAGCUGUUGGGAAGUAUGUUUAUUUGCUGAGAGUUUGAUGAGAAAAUUGAUUUCACUCCCAGCUACAGCUAUUAGUCUGUAAGGUUAGCUUAGUAUAAUAUAAAAACUGGAAACAGCUGAUCUGGUUCUGUCCAAAGACAACAAAAUCCACCUACCAACCGCUCAAUAAUUAACAUAUUUUAUUACAUUUUGUGUAACGUUGUGGUUUUACAGGGGCAUUGUGUGCCAGACUAUUUCUUAGCUGGGUGCAGUUAGCAUUAAACCACAACCUAUUUGAGCGUUGACUUCCCACUGUUUCUUUUUAUGCUAAGCUAAGCCAACCAGCUGCUGGCAGUACCUUAAUAGUUAGUGUACAAACAUGAGCAUGUAAAAAGCAAUUGUUUAUUUUAAAGGAAUCCUUCAACAUUUUCUUGCUGAGAGGUAAAUGUAAAGAUUGAUACUACUCUUACGUUUUUUUAUGGGAAAUAUGAAGUUAAAGUUAGCAGGCGGUUAGCUUAGCACAAAAACUGGAAACGGCGAGUCUGGUUCUGUCCAAAGAUUUUUAUUCUUUUUUAAAUGUGCCUACUUGCACCUCUGAACCAAUUAACAGGUUGUGUUAAAUUCGUACAAAAAAUAUGUUUCAAUAGGGCCCGUCUGUGCUGUUAUGUUACCCCUAUAAAACCACAUUAAGACGUUGUUUUACUCUUUGCUUUCCCCUCAAGAUUCUGUCUUUAUGCUGAGCGAAACCAACCAGGUUCAGUAGCUCCAUAUAUCUUUAAUGUACAGAUGUAGUAUCAUUCCCAUCUUACUCAUUAAGACUGCAUGAAGCUCUAGCAAUGUACUGAGCUAGGACCUCAUGUCCUUCUGGCAAUCCACAGGAGACAUCUAAUGUAAUGAUUAAAAAAAAAAAUCAGCUUGUGAUUAAGUAUUCAUAUACAGUAUUCCUAUUCCCAAGGAUGGUUCUGACUACAUCUCUGAGUUUUGAUCUAGUUAGAAAAGAGCCAGUAGUGUCUCCUUCAUACAUUCACAUAAACUUUCUAGUUAUUUCUGUUCUCUGUCCUCAGAUGGUCUCUCGUCAGUCUGACAGAUGAUCCAUUGUAGCCGGUCGAUUAUCAAUUUCGUUUUUUACAUCCAAAUCUCAUUACAGAACGGUGGCCUGACAUCUUUGCUCCUUGAUUCAUUUGAGUGAUGUGUGGCUGAAAUUCGACAGACUCGCUCUCGAGCACAAAGCGACGCGGCACAGCGGAAACAUCAGAACAAGCUGCCCGAUGUCAUUUAACCACAUGAGAUGUUGUUCUCCAGCCUUUGUCAACUGUGAUUCUACUCUAGUCUUUGCAGAAGAGCAUCUGUAUUUGAUGCUGUCACUUCUAAACUGGAACACGAGCCUUUUAGAGGCAAUGAGCAAUGAUAUUGAAACAAGUGGGCAAUAUGCUUGUUGGCCUUUUAUAUACGGUAUCAAGGAACUUUGAAGCGACAGAGGAAGCACGACAGAUAGAGUGACUGGGAUGAAAGAAGGUCUACAAUCUAGCAGCAGGCUGACAAUACUCCAAAGCCCCUAAAGCCAUUCAGCUGCAGUCAGCCAGAGAUAUUUUUUGUGUAAUCUGAUCUUCCUGUCUACAUGGACAGUUCUGGGCCCCACCAGCAUGGCAGGGCAGCGUCACAGCCCCAUGCCCCCUUUUUUAGCCAGCCUGACACCUCCACAGCGGGCAAACAACCCCCUCCACACAGAUUCACAUGGUUGCUGAGUGUCUGCGGGGUGGGGCUCGGCCUGAGGACUAGUUUUGAAGUUCAACUCACUGCAGCACUUUGGUGACUGUAGAAACACCAACAAACAAUGGACAGGGAACACAAUCUGAACCGAGCCGAGACGUUCUCGUACGUCAACCCCUGGAUCAGAUAUUUUCUCUUCUUCUUCAGCUUCUUAUUUUGGGUUUGCUCCUUGUUGAUUGUUGCCAUCGGGGUGUAUGCUCAAGUCCAGAAAGCUACAGACACGGUGCGGGACACGUUCCUGAUCGACCCGGCUGUCGUCCUAAUUGUGGUGGGGGUGGUCAUGUUCUUCAUCACUUUCUGUGGUUGCAUCGGAGCCCUGCGAGAGAACAUUCGCCUCCUCAAGACAUUCUCCUUCAGUCUGACAUUGGUCUUCCUCACUCAGCUUGCCGUAGCAGUUCUGGGCUUCUUCUACUCUGACCAGACUCGGGAUGCUUUGGGAAAGUUUGUGAAGAAAGCCAUCGUGCACUACAGGGAUGACCUGGAUCUGCAGAACCUGAUGGAUUACAUCCAGAAAGAGUUCAAGUGUUGUGGGUGGAACAACUACACAGACUGGUCUUGGAACCUGUACUUUAAUUGUACACAUGAGAACCCCAGCUCCGAGCGCUGUGCUGUGCCUUAUUCCUGCUGCAGUCCUGUUCCUGGAGAGACAGUGAUCAACACUAUGUGCGGUUUUGGGGUUCAAACCAUGAGCCACCUGGAGGCAAACAAGUCGAUCUACCCGGUAGGCUGUGUGGACAAAGCGGUGAUGUGGAUCGAGUCUCAUCUGUUGCUGGUGGGGGCUCUCGCCUUGGGCCUGGCCUUGCCUCAGAUUGCAGGCGUCGUGCUGACCCAGAUCCUGAUCUCUCAGAUCCAAGAUGAGAUUACCUCAGUGUUGUGAGAGCGGCCCGCCGCGCGGGGGGGAAGAGACGGGACGAAAAGAACUUGCGGUACUCGUUUGACAUGUGCAAGGGCAUCUUUUUUUUUAUUGCUACUGUAUCACUGCGACAUCGAAUACAUUUCUUAUUUUAACGUGCCUACAAAAGUGUAGUGCACUUUAAUGUCAUCACAUGCAAAAUUCAAAGUGUAUAUUCAUUCUGUAUUGAUUGUAUUCCAAAGUAUUUAUAUUGAAAUGUGACAGUUACACUGCUCUAUAUUGAUCAGAAGUAUAAAUGUGUUCACUUACAAAGCUUAAAAAGGUCUGCAUCUAAAAGAGCAUUGAAAGAAGUGCUGUAUCAAGUUGUAUGUAAACACUUCACAUUAUGGUGUUGACGUUAUUAGCACGAGAACCGCUCUGAUCGGUCUAGUUGUGAAGAGCCAGCGCUCUCUGCAUCAGACGAUCCGUCAGAGGGGAGUUGGGCUUCAUGGCAUCGCGCUCCACCAGAAGACAUCUGCAGAUAUUCAGCACAACACAGAACAGUAUGAGGUUUUAAACACAGAUUUACAGAGACAAGCUGAGAGGCUAACCCGAUCAAUAAUACAAGUCUAACAUGGUGUACAGACAAGCGGAUGUGGGUUGCAUACAGCCUGUGUUCUGCAAAGACGGCAACUGAGGGGGAACUUGAGUGGACAGCUUCAGCCCCAACAUAAACUAUACUGGAUCAUGAUGAACUCCAGUGCUUCAAAUAGUGCAAGAUCUUUCUCCCAUAAACUCUUAGCAGACUUUCACAAAGACGCCCGGCACUGAGGAAACAGAAGAUUGAAGCACUGUGUUCCCUGCUGUGCAUUACCUUCCCAGCUUCUGAUGGUGCUUAUUCUCAGACUUCAUGGCUGCAUGAAUGAGCAGUUGAUUGAAGACAUCCCUCUGAGAACAACAGUGGACAAAACCAUUAGUAAACAUACUCCUGCUGCUCCAACACUGUAUAUAGAGUCGUUCUUCCCUUCUGCGUUGUACUGUAUGCAUGUACACUUUUGCACCUUGGGGAAUAGUUCUCUGAACACACAGAACAUAAAAUGCAUGAAGUCCAUCAGCAUCCAUCACAGAUUCAUUAUUCAUAUGUCAAUGCACUGGGCUCCGCAUUCUCACACACUUUGUUGUAUGUUCAUGGACGGAAAGGCUGAGUGUUAUUCACCUCUGGCCUAUUUCACAACAACAGGGAUUUGUGUUUUACAAGAGAACACAACACAGUAUGAUCAACGUUAUCUAAAGAGAAAGAAGUGAAGCCUCAAGGCGCUACGCUUUUCGACUGUGCAUACGUAAGAGAACCGCAGUUUGGUUUGGACUUGAUUUUUACCACAGUUACCUCCUAUUAUUCCUGGGGACCUUACCUGUGCAUCACUGCCACCAAUCUCCACCAUGCGGUAGCGCAACGGGUAAAGUAAUUCCAUGCUUCGAUUGUAGUUGCCCUGGUUGUACUCCAUCAUGGCCUGACAGAUUGAUACACCGAUAGCCCCCGCCAACUGAUGCUGCUGAUUGUCCCCUGGCUCUCUGUCGAGGAAAGAAGACGAGACAUUCAUUGGUACAGCUGGAUGGUUUAGAAGCUAGUGCAGGUGGAAGGAAAGUUGGGUGUAGUUCUUUAAAAAAAAAAAAGAUUAUUGUCAUUUCUAUUUUUUUUUAUCCUUAAGUUUUAAAGAUCGUAAACAAACAAGAAACUGCUAAAAGACUUUCACAAACUGCUUUCCAAACAGUUUAGAACUCAGGAGAUCACAGUUAGAAUUUUGAGGGAACUUCACACAACACAUUAAAAAACAUUAACAUCAACAAAAUCUAUUGAACAACUCCAGGUUGGCCGGAUGCUGGAUUAGCUAAUGCUUAGAGUCAGUGCCUCUGUUUGUAAGAGGUGUGAAAUUACAUCAUGGCAAAAAUACGGAUUAUGUUAACCUGUGCAUUCCUCCGAAACCAAGGUAAUAAGACACGGCUUAUAUGAGAGUGAUGGAAUAAAAAAUAAAAAAUGCAAAGCUCAAA